AAGGUGUUUGUAUUAUAUGUUCAUGUCAAGUAAAAUUUCAUCUUACACGUGUUCGUCAACAUUUUUCGUUAAAAAAAAAAAUGAUUAAUGUUAAUAAUGAUAAUCGAUUAAAUAUAAAUAGUGAUCAUGAUUCAUCCGAUGAUGAAAUAUCAGACGCUGCUGGUUCACCUCAACGAAAACGAUUAAAAAUAUGA